UGAAGAUCUAAAGUUCAUGCCAAAUGCCUCGAUAACAAUUAUUGUAUCACCCAGCCAGCCACAUGUUUCCCAUGUAAACAAAUCCCAUUCAUCCAGUUUAUGUCGCCGCUUCCAUUGGAUAUCUCGGCCAGUUGCGCAGUGUCUCGGCCAGAGUGGAUCAGUUGAGGUCAGCGACUGAUCGUGUGCAGAGGCAUCGUCAUGCUAUCGAUAGCAGUGUCUCUUGCUCUGCUCUUUGUUAGUACUCUGGCCCAGUACGCUAUCCCAGAACCCGAAGUCAUCUUCUACGAACCCCGUGGUUUCAGAGUCUCAAUACCAGCUGAUCCAGAUAUUCGGCUUUUUGGCUUUCACGGUGCUCGAAAUCGUGUUGUAGAAGGAACAGCAGCUGGUGCCUGGAAUUCUGAUGUCACCAGAGCUACUGAUGGGAAAUUUAUUUAUGAAGAUUCUGAGACAAAGUUCCAGAAUGGGGACUUCCUGAGCUACUGGGUGAAUGUGAUUCUCCACAAUGGACAGAGUGCCAAUCUGCUUGAUCUGAGGAAGACUGCUGAUGAAUUCCGUCCACGCACUCAUAACUCGUUCCCAGUUCCAUCUUCUAUAGGAUUUGAAGUGCCCACUCCUGAGGUCAAGCACUUCUCUCGAGGUUUUGAGGUUUCAAUUCCUGCUGAAGAAGGCAUUUCCCUGUUUGCCUUCCACGGACAGCUCAACCAGCCCUUCACAGGACUGCAAGCUGGACAAUGGGCCUCUGACAUUACGGUACCCACGGAGGGUCGCUUCCGGUUCACAGAACGCGCUACAAAGUUGAAACCUGGCGAUGUCCUGCAUUACUGGGUCCACGUUAUCUUUAACGGAUUGGGAUACAAUCUUGAGGGUCAAGAAUACCGUGUCCCUGAUGACGGAACAGUUCCAGCGCCAUCGCCUUCUCCUAUUCCUAGACCUACUCCUAGACCUACGCAGACCAUUGUGCCUAUAACUGAUGCAUCAUCUUGUCAGAAAUCUCCAACUGUGCUAAAGGAUGGCAGUCAUCCAUGUGCUGGUGAAUUAAUCUUUGAAGAAGAAUUCUCAGGACGAUACCUGAGUGAUAAAUGGGAGGUGGAAAAAAGAUUUGGAUCAAUUGAUCCGGACAACGAAUUUGUCAUUUAUCUCAACAACAGUGAAAAUCUUCAAAUUACCGGAGGACAAUUGAGAAUCAAGCCUACAUUCACGGAUAGUGUCUUUCGGAAUAGAUUUACUUUGGAUAUCACUGAUUGUACAGGAGAGUUGGAUUCUCCAGCUUGCAGUAGAUCACGAGAGAAAUACCCUGAUAUUCUUCCUCCAAUCAUUUCCGCCAGGAUCAACACAAAGUCUCAUUUUCACUUUCUCUACGGGAAAAUUGAGAUACGAGCUAGACUUCCGAGUGGAGAUUGGAUAUUUCCAGAACUGUUUCUGGAAUCUGCAAAAAAUACCUAUUCAGCAGAAAAUCUUCAAUCUGGUCAGAUGCGAGUAGCUUUUGCAUCAGGAGGACCCUGCAAUUCGCAAGAUUUGUUCCAAGGAGUCUUGCUGGAUUCCCGAGAACCGUUCCGAACCAAGAAUCUCUGUGUGAAACGGCACACUUCCGGAGGGAAAUGGGCUGAUAGUUUUCAUACCUACACUGUGGUAUGGACUCCAGAAAAGAUCUCCACUUUCGUAGAUGAUAAAUUCAACUGUGAAGUUCUCCCAAUUGACGGAUUCAACACGCAUGUCCUGGAAGAUGGACAGAAGUAUCCAGGAGCGAAUAAAUGGCUCCAGUGGGGUGAAUCGAAAAUGGCUCCAUUUGACCAAGAAUUCUUCCUGACGUUGGGAUUGGGAGUUGGUGGACACAAUGAUUUUCAGGAUGGUAAGUUCUGCCGAUUAGCUUGGAGUAACACCUCACCCAGAGCUAUGAGUCAAUUCUGGCAGAAGAAAAGGGAAUGGACACCCUCCUGGGAGACUCAUAAUCCUGAUCUUCGCGUGGAUUAUGUACGUGUUUAUGCCAUUUAGGAAAGCCUUAGAGUUUUUAUUUAAAAAAUAAAAAAAAAGACUUGGAUUUUUUCAAAUAAUUUUAUAACUAAA